CACGCUAAUUCCUCUCGCGUGUUUAGUUAAAACACGCAUGAACGAAACGCGUGUUUCAUUUGAUACACGCGAGAACCUCUCGCGUCUUUCCCCUCUCUGGAAACUUUUUUUUGGCGGGUACAAAUGGCGGAUACUACCUCCCAUGAGGUCGUUUCGUGGAAUUCGCCCGAUAACUGGGAGCGGCUGGUGAAGGCGGUGAUUAAGAAAGAUGAGAUAUGGCAGCUCUGUCACCAAAACUCCAUCUCCACCAUUGCCUCCGAUACUCCGAGAUCCUCUUAUUCCAGUGGACAAAGUCUCAGAAUUCCGAGUGACUUGUUGAAGCGUAUACUUGCACUACCACCGCCGCCUCAACCUCCGAUUACUAGCGUUGAAGCUAGGAGAAAUGCUUCUGGACCUAGUACAAAGAAGCUAUUUCCUGCUUGGCUUUGGAGGAGGAAACCCAAGGACUAUGAUCUGGCCCAAGGUUUGCUUAGCAGUGUUGCUGUUGAUGAAGAGGAUCAUUUUGGACUCCAAAGCUUUUCCCGGCGUGAGCUACUUGUUGCAACAGACAGUUUUAGCGACAAAAAUAUCCUUGUACGUGGUGGACUUGGGAAAGUUUAUAAAGGUCAACUAGAAGAUGGUUCUCUAGUAGAAGUUAAACUAGUGCGAAAACACGCAACUGAGAUAGAUAUGGAAAUGAUGAGCAUUGCUACACAUUCUAAUGUAAUUCGUGCUCGUGGAUUUUGCAUUACUCAAAAAGAAAAGCUGCUCGUUUAUCCGUACAUGGUCAAUGGAUGUGUUGCGUUCUGGUUAAGAGAACGAAAAGAUUCACUGCCUCCUCUCGACUGGCUAACAAGGAUGAAGAUAGCACUUGGAGCUGCAAAGGGUCUAGCUUACCUGCAUCAUAUAUGCCCCAGGGAAAUCAUUCAUCGUGAUGUUAAAGCUUCAAAUAUAUUGUUGGAUGAGAACUUUGAAGCAGUUCUUGCUGAUUUAUCAUUGGGUGAAUUUGUGGAUUGCUGUGGUGAUGAUAUUGUCACUCCAGUUAAAGGAACAAUUGGUCAUAUAGCUCCUGAGUGUCUUGCUGGUAAGUGUUCGGUGAAAAAUGAUGUUUUUGGUUAUGGAGUCUUUCUUCUCGAGCUCAUCACCGCGCAGAGACCUUUCGAUCUUGCUCGGCUUGCCAAUGAUAAUGACAUGAACUUCCUAGAUUGGGUAAAGGAUAUUUACAAGGAGAGAGAAUGGAAAGUGAUAGUUGAUGCAGAACUUCAAGGUGAGUUCAUAGAUGAAGAGGUUGAGGAGUUGCUGCAAAUAGCUCUGAUCUGCACACGAGAUGAUCCAGAAGGACGUCCGACGAUGUUAGAAGUUGCAAGGAGGUUAGAAGUUGCGUAUCACUUGGCAAAGGGGGAGGCAGAGUGGUCCAUGGAAGAUUUCAAAGAAGACAUAUUCGAAGGUCGAGAUGUCGAGAAUUUUACUUUGGAUAAAUUACAUGCUGCAACAGAAGGUUUUAGCAACAAAAUUAUCAGUGAGGAUAGUUUUAAUGUGAUCUACAAAGGCUGGUUAGAUGGCUAUCCUAUUGCAGUUAAAAGAUACAAUUCUCAAAGUCUAGAAUGUUAUUUUGAAAGAGAACUGGAGAUUGGACGGAUUUGUUUGCCAAUUCCGAAUCUGGUUCAUGUGAUUGGAUUUUGCCGGAUGCCAGAAGUACAACUGCUUGUUCUCCAGUUGAUGGUCAAUGGAAGUGUCGAUUCAUGGUUAACGGGGAGACAUGAAUCGCGGGCUCCUCUUACUUGGCUACAGAGAAGAAACAUAGCACUCGGUGCUGCAAGGGGUCUAGCUCAUUUGCAUGAUAAAUGUGAAAAGAAAAUCAUUCAUUGCGAUGUCAAAGCUGCAAAUAUAUUGUUAGAUGACAACUUUGAAGCAGUUGUUACUGAUUUCAAAUCAGCCAAGAUCAUGGACCACAACCAGACUCAUAUUACCACUACCGUGACCGGAACAAUUGGUCAUAUAGCUCCUGAGUACCUUGCCAGUGGUAAGUGUUCAGAUAAAACUGAUGUUUUCAGUUAUGGAGCGUUUCUUCUUGAGCUCAUCACCGGACAGAAAAUUAUUGAUCUUAUUCACGUUGCCGAUGAGAACGACAGAAUGUGUGUUGAUUGGGUAAAAAAGAAUUAUGAGGAGGGAAGAUGGGAAUCAAUGGCUGACAAUGAAGGUGGUGAUGAUUUCAUGGAGGCAGUUGCGAAGCAGCUGGUGAAAAUAGCUGUUCUCUGCACAAGACACGACCCAGACAGACGUCCAAGGAUGUCGAACAUCGUGAUGAUGUUGGAAUUUAUUUAGGGUGUGGUUCAGAGUUCCGAAGAGCGGUUCGGAUGGUGGCACUUCUAGUUUGGCAUCAGAAGAACUAAGUGAUCAGCGAAGAUGACCAUAGUACAAUAUAGCUCCCGAAAAAGGCAAAUCUUGUAAAAUGAUAAUUUCAAGAUUGACUCAUUUGUUUACUGUAUUUUACUAAACAGGGACAGUCGAAUAGGUCAAUGUAUAUCAACGAACUUGAAUAAUCACACCAUUGUUCAUAUCCAAA